AUGAGCAACUCCUUGGGAUUGAGAAAGGUCGGGAGCUUUCACUACCGAUCACGAACAAUGAAUUACCACAAACCUCUUCCCCAACCACCCUCCUUUUCAUCAUCAAACAAACCUCUUCCUGUUCCUUCUUCCACUUUCCAACCCAUCACUGAAGACGAAGAAGAGCUUCUUUCUUUGAUGCGAAUGGACGGAGCAAACAUGUUUGUGAUUGGACUGUGGAAUGAUGUGGAGGUGGUUUCAUCAAGAAGGCUAAGCAAGAUUAAAUUUGAUACCAUGUGUUAUAUUUCCGAGGAUGGAAAGGCACUUGUUUGUGAGAGUGAUAUGGUUCCUUCCUCAUCGGGCUCUUUGACUUGUGCUCAACGAAGAAGUAACAUCAUUCUAUUCUCCGAAGUCGAAAAGAUUCUACCCUAUUAUCAAUGCUUUGAUUUACUUGAGAAUGGUGAUAACCAAUCCACAUUCAUCACUGCUCUUACAACCUCAUCCUCUCUCUCCAUCUCUUCUAAGAUUCCCAUCACUCCACAAGAAGCUCAAGAAUGUAUUUCCUUCUUCCAACGUUAUUUCAUUUCUGGCUAUGAAAAUAAGGAUCAAAACUAUGAACGAGCUCUCAUUCCCUACAUGUAUCAAAUGUUUAUGGUGAAACGAAAGAAUUUCAAGAAAAACCUCGGAUUCAUUCUGUCAGGUAUGUAA